AUGGUUGUGUUUCACUCAUCUAAUGGGCUAGUUGUGGACUGGCAAUAUGAUAGUUUUGCUAACCCUGAAUUUGCGUCUUUCCGAGGCGUGUUUUGGGCAUUUUCACAGUACAUUGAAGGGUUUAAACACUGUAAACCUCUGAUAGUAUUGGACACCAAAGACUUGAAUGGUAAGUACCCUAUGAAAUUGAUGAUUGCCUCGGGAGUUGACGCUGAAGAUUACUAUUUCCCGCUUGCAUUUGCGGAUACUAAAGAACUGUCCGUUGAUAGUUGGCGUUGGUUUCUCACUGGAAUCAGAGAGAAGGCAACACAAAGGAAAGACCUUUGCCUCAUCUCCAGUCCCCACCCGGACUAA